UCUCAGCCCUGGGUGAGUUGAAGUUGAAGCGACAGAGGACUGUGGAGGAUUUAUAGGCAGGACUGGUGUGGUAGUGUGGAUCGUACUCAGGGCUCCAAGUAACUCCAGCUGUUAGAAGACCUGUAGCCAUCCAAGCCAGAGAAACAAAGUCAGCAUGGCCACUGCAAGCACCUCAGGUCAGAGUGCCUUCGGACUGGGCAGGAAAAAGAAGGCUCCCGGGCUCCUGGACCAGAUUGGCAAAUUCUUUGGAAUAGACAAGAAGAAAAGAGGCAAGGGAUCUUUCCGUGGUCACCUGUCAUCCUCACCCCAGAGGCCUCAGCACUCCUCAUCUCGUCGCCGUGGAGAUGAAAAUGUGGUGGUACACUUUUUCAGGAGCUUUGUGUCUUCAUCCCCCCGUCCAAGGUCAAGGUGGAGAGAGUUCCUGAGUUUGGGGGGCCCUAAGUCCUCGACGUCACGUGCUGCAGAGAGCCUACGAUCGCCACGCAGACGACGCCGAGACCAGAGCAACACACUCUCCCGAAUCUUCAACCUGGGAGAGAGCCGAUCCCUCCCCAAACGCUGGAGCACCAUCUUCUGAGCCCCCAGUGAACGACAGGAACACGGACGAACGUGUGAGAGAGUGCAGAGGCGGUGAAGAGUAUGACGAUGAUGAAGAGAAGAAGAAGAAGAAGGAGGAGGAGAAAGGAGACGGCUGUUUGACUGACUCAA